AUGAAGCCUGUUACUUUCAUCAUCUCUGCUCUCGCCACCCUGGCCAUCGCUGCCCCGGCGGCUCCCGCGGCUCCCGCCACGGAUCUUGAGGCGCGCUCCUUCCAGUUCGACAUCAACGCCUUCAAUGGCCUCAAGAGCUUCAACCAGGUCAACCUGAACUACCUGCUUAACAUCAACUCCCUGCAGCUUGGCCUCCUUGGCAACCUGGCCAACGUCAACAACCUCAACAUUCUGCAGUUCCAGGGCCUUUUCCAGCAGCAGACCUUUGACCUUCAAGCCCUCCUCCAGCUGCAGUCACUGCACACUUUCCUGCAGAUCCACCAGCUUGGCGUCCUCGGCGGAUUCGACCUCGCCUCUCUUCAGCUCCAGCAGCUCAACCUCGGACUGCUCAACAACGUCGGCGUUCUCGACCUGCAGCAGUUCAUCUCUCCCAACGUCGUCGGCCAGGUUCAAACGGUAGCUUCCCAACCCGCGGUUUCCUUUGAUCCUAACCUCCUUGCUCCGGGGGUCGGUGUCGGCAACUCGAACACCCCCGCUGCUGCCCCUGCCCCUAACAACGACGGCGGCAACAGCGAGGGUUUGAAUGUCGUCACCGCCGAGCAGCAGGAGGCUCAGGAGGGAGGCAGCUCCAUCGACUUCGAGUAG